CAUCAUCAUGUCUCUCAGCUCUCCCCACCGAGCACUCUCCGGCCGUCCCAUCCUCAUCGGUGUCGGCGGCGCCACCUCUUCCGGGAAGAGCACGCUCGCCGCUCGCUUGGCUCCGUUGAUCAACGGCACCAUCUUGCCGCAGGAUGACUUUGCGCUGCCCGAGAGCGAGCUGCGGUAUGACGAGCGCAUUGACGGCAAGGACUGGGACGAUCCAGAACAUAGUAUCGACUACCCACGUUUCGCACGUGCCCUCAAAGGCCUCCACGAAGGCCAGCCGCCGCCUCCCUCGCCCAAGAACACGGCACAAAGCACGCCGGAGCCCUCUGCACGUCCGAUUUCCCCUCCCUCACUGGCGGGCAUUCGUGCCGCACUGGCGCAGCUCAAGGCGCCCGUCUUUCUCAUCGACGGCUUCCUGCUCUACUACGACCGCGACGUACGGGCGCAGCUGGAUGUGUGCCUGUUGUUGAGGGGACACGAGGAGGAGGUGCGGGCGAGAAGAGAGGGGAGAGUGUAUGAUACCGCUGAGGGCACCACCUGGAGUGAUCCGCCGAACUAUUUCCCCCUCAUCCUCUGGCCCUCCUACCUAAAAGCGCAUCGCCGGCUCUUCGAGAAUGGCGAUGUCGAGGCUGGCGCGCUCGCGAAGCCAGGCGCAGGAGACGAAGCGGAGCCUCAAGGUGCGGCUUUCGAGCCGCUCACGCUCAUUGAGACGCGAGGUAGGAGCGAGGAGGAGGUGCUGGUGCAUGCGUGUGAGGCACUCGAGAAGGAGCUGGCCAGGUUGGUGCGGGAACGCAGAGGCAACUGAGGCCACUUUCUGCGCGGCUCUGGCGCCCCCCGCACUUGUCACGCAUCGAUACCCAGGCUCGCGACGGACGCAAUAGAAUUAAGUAUCGGUCCCACUCG